AUGGGCCUCGACUUUGUCCCUCUUGUGUUGGAACCGUUAUUAAUAGAGUACAGAUCGGAAGGUUGUGUGGUCGCUGCAACUUGUAAUAGGCAAGAGUCUGGAAGCUCUUUUCCAGGCGGGCACUAUCUGUACAUUGAUACAAGCGCGGCUCGCACCCCGCAGGCCUGUGAGGUUCUCGAGACUGCGGGAAAUACAGCGACGGCGACAUUUGAUAGAGGUUGA